AUAAAUACUCUUAAUCUUAAAUAUUUUUCCAUAUCUCUUCUCCAAUUCUUCCUAAAUCCUACUCUUAACUCUCUACUCUCUAAUUCUCUUAUUCACCAAUAUAUUAUAUUUAUAUAUCUACUUUAUAUUAAUUAUCUACUUAUAAUUUAUGAAUACAUACAUUAUAUUACUUAUAUUUCUUAUCUAAUUAUAUAUUACUUACACAUUUAUUAUAUCUAUUAAUAUAGUUGGAAUUAUAUCUAAUUAAUUUGAAGUCAUUCUAUUACUCAUUUACUCCCAUCCGAAAGACCGAAAGUCCGAAAGAGAUAUUCGGUUGAUAUGGGUAACCUCGAGUGCAACCGAACGAAAGAGCUUGCGAGGAAGAGAUCCUGCAAAGGUAAAUCACAUAUCGGUUCUUCAUCUCAAAGUCGAGAUGAUUUUGAUACGGGUUACGCAAAGAGGGAUGGAGAUGCGAUGACCGACGAACAACUAGAACAAGAAUUGCACCGACAUAAUAGUCGCGUUUUUCAAGACCAACCGAGGACCAUUGACGAAGAAGAGCUCGAGGACGAUGAUGUGGAGGAAGUGAUUCCGGAGAGCCACGACGACGACGACGAGGAGGGUGGCGGCAGCCACGACGCCGACGAGACUGCCUCAUCCCAAACCGGUACGAAAAAAAGUAAAUCUGAACUAAUGGCUAAUAAUUUUUCUAAGUGGAAGGACCCGAACACCGGGAAUUGGACCGCAACUUGCAAUUGGUGCAAGAAAAACUAUAGCUUGGGGAUUUCCGGCGGAUACGGAUCCGCCACAAGACACCUUAAAUCCAAACACCCGGUGGAGUAUGCAAAAUUAGGCGGCGGAACGGGGAAGCAAACACAAAUAUCGAGGUUUGCAAAUAACCAACAAACUUUUGGUAAUUUCUCAUACAAUGAUGCACAAAAUUUGACAGGUAUGGCUAACUUACUUGUUGAAGAAAAUUUGCCUUAUUUGUUUUCUGAAAGUCUUGCUUUUCGUGAUUAUGCACAAACUUGUUUAAAUCCUCAAUAUAGAGGUUAUAGUCGCAAACCGGUUAAGAAAGAAAUUUCAAGGCUUUGUGGUGCGGAGAAGGUAAGGUUACAAAAUUAAUUUGUAAACUUUGAUGGGCGUGUUACUGUAUGUUCUGACAUAUGGGAGUAUGCUUAUCAUAAUUUACAUUAUUUGGUUCUGAAUGUACAUUAUAUUGAUAAUGAUUGGCAUAUGCAUAAAAUAUUAUUCACAUAUUCCGCAUAUUUAUGGUAUUGCAUUUGUUCUCGAUCCUCGUUUUAGACUUGGUUCUUUAGAAGAAUGUUUAAAUUAUUAUGCUGCUUUUUUUGGUCCAAUGCCAAUGUAUGAGGACAACCCAAUUGAUCCGAAAAAAGAAUACAGCGAGGUUAGUGAUAUAUUUUAUGCAUUAUUUAAUGAGUUUCAUGCAUAAUAUGGCAAUGCGCCCCCUCCCCCGACACAAACAUCAUCUAUAAGAAAAUCAAUUUUCUAAUCUACAUUUGCCAAUCUUAUUAAAAAAACGAAAUCAACUCCCGCUACGCAACAAAGCACAAUUAAUGAAAUUUCUUUCUAUAUAACAUAUGAUGUUGAUUUUGAAGAAGAUGAUUUUGACGUACUAAACUGGUGGAAGGGAAAAGAAAGAAUGUUCUCGGUUUUAGCAAAGAUGGCUAAGCAAGUGCUAUCAAUGCCGGUUUCAACGGUUGCCGUGGAACAAGAAUUUUGUUCGGCCGGCAAUGUCCUAACGCAAUGUAGAACGAGGUUGGGCGCAGAAUCUCUUGAGAUGCUUAUAUGCUACCACGAUUGGUUGAAAACGACCCAUAGAGCUCAAGAAAUUGACAUCACCCCAUCCCAACACUUUAUGAAUGAAUCUAUAACCGAGGGUGGCUCUACCUAUGUCGGAGAUUCCGAUUGAUUAGUAUUUCAUGUUUUAUAUUUACCUUCAAUUCUCAAUUGUAACUUGUAAACUUGUAGUUCAUAUUUCAAAUAAAUAUACGUUCAUUUUUUUAUAUGUAGCAUUUUUUACUGAAUUCAUAAAAUUAAUUAAUUAAUUUUACAUUAUGUAAUUUAUUCAAACUAAAAUAUACAAAAAAAAUUGAAAUCAAAAGCCCCAAACGGCUAUAUAGCCACUUUGAUAGUUUGGUUGUUUGAAAUUUGAAUCAAUAGAGGCA